AUGGACAAGGGAAAGCCUAGAGAGAAGGGAGUACUUAUGGAGAGGGGGGUUUUUUGGCGUACUUAUAGCAUCAUUGUUUGGUUAAUACAAUUGAGUCACACAAUCGCGUUAAUUUUCGGGAUUAUCUUGGCACCGACGGAGAAUAGUCUGAAGGACGGCAUUCUCUCCGUCGUGGUCACAAUAGAGGCAUUUUUCAUGCUUACGUGUCUUUAUACACGUAAGAAGUUGAUAAAGGAAAUGAUCCAGAAGAUGAACGAUAUCUUGCAAAGCACGGAUGAAAUUAUGAAGGAUACUGUAAAGUCGGCUAUAAAUCCUAUAAUAUUGCCAUUCGUAAUAUAUGGCGUGACCAGCGUAAUAUCGGUUACGAUAUAUCACGCCAUGCAACCGAUUGUAUUGGCUUUCGAGAAGUUCACCUUUUUUUAUGUAGAUUACAAUUUGUCAACCGAUUUUAGUACUGAACCGUUUUCCAAUCGCAUUCUGAUUUUAUCGAUUAUUUUGAAAACAAUUGGCAGCGUUUACUUAUUUCUCAAGAAGUUUGGUGUGGAUGUGUACAUGAUGCAUUUAGUAUUAAUGUUAACGGCGCAGUAUCGAUACGUAGCAAUAAAACUCAUGAUGUUGUUUCGUGAUUUACAUAACUAUAACGACAAAUCUCGAAAAGAAUAUUAUCCUAUAGAAGAUCGAUGGACGGAGGGAGAAUUAAGAAAAUUAUGUCUGCACCAGAAUACUGUUUUAAACAUGUCAUUUAUAUUAAAGAAACUUUUGUCUGUGAACUUCAGUAUACUCUACAUCAAUAAUGUAUUUCGGUUCUGCUUUAUAGGUAUCUUAUUAAGUGCAAUACCAUCAAUGACUUUUGUAGAAGGAAUUUCAGUCACUUUAUUUGCAAUUGGUUCACUAACGCAAUUUUUUUUGUUAUGUUCUUCCGUACAAUCAUUAUCAGACGCAAACAGUUACAGAACUGUAGGAAUGAAUAAUGUCGAAAUAAUGUCAAAAUAA